AUGGGGCGCGCGGCGCCCAGGCCGCUGCUGCUGGCGCUCCUGUGGCUGGGUCUUUGUCGAGGGCGCGUGGUGAGGGUCCCUGCCGGGAGCCUGGUGCGCGUGGUGGGCACCGAGCUGGUCAUCCCCUGCAACGUCAGCGACUACGACGGCCCCAGCGAGCAGAACUUCGACUGGAGCUUCUCGCCCUCGGGGAGCAGCUUCGUGGAGCUGGCCAGCACCUGGGAGGUGGGCUUCGGGGCGCAGGCGUACCGGGAGCGCCUGCAGCGGGGGGACAUCCUCCUGAGGCGCACCGCCAACGACGCCGUGGAGCUCCACGUCAGGAACGUCCAGCCCUCGGACCAGGGCCACUACAAGUGCUCCACCCCCAGCACGGACGCCACCGUCCAGGGCAACUAUGAGGAUACGGUGCAGGUGAAAGUGCUGGCCGAUGCCUUGCACGUGGCUGCCGUCCCGCCGUCCCCCCCGGGCCCCGGCCGGAGCCUGAGCCUGCGCCUGGGGGAGCCCCUGGAGCUGCGCUGCGAGGCGGCCACGGCGUCCCCGCUGCACACGCACCUGGCGCUGCAGUGGGAGCUCCGGCACGGCGGCGCCCGGCAGCGCGUCCUGGCGCUCACCCGCGAGGGCCGCCUGCACCCCGGCCCCGGCUACGAGCAGCGCUACCACGGCGGCGACGUGCGCCUGGACACCGUGGGGAGCGACGGCUACCGCCUGUCCGUGGGCCGGGCCCUGGCUGCCGACCAGGGCGCCUACCGCUGCGUGGUCAGCGAGUGGAUUGAGGAGCAGGGCGCCUGGCAAGAGAUCCAAGAAAAGGCCGUGGACGUGGCCACCGUGGUGAUCCAGCCGACGGUUCUGCGAGCCGUCGUGGGCAGGAACGUGUCCGUGGCCGAAGGCAAGGAGCUGGACCUGAGCUGCAACAUCACCACGGACCGGGCAGAUGACGUCCGGCCCGAGGUGACGUGGUACUUCAGCAGGACGCCUGACCGCCCCUCGCCGGGCCCCCGUGUGCUGGCACGGCUGGACCGAGACUCCCUGGUGCACAGCUCUCCUCACGUCGCGCUGAGCCAUGCGGAUGCUCGCUCCUACCAUCUGCUGGUUCGGGACGUCAGCAAAGAGAACGCUGGCCACUACUCCUGCCACGUGGCGCUCUGGGUCCCGGGGCAUAACAGGAGCUGGCACAAGGUGGCAGAAGCCACGUCCGCCCCGGCGGCGGUGGAUGUGACCUGGCUCGAACCAGACUACCAGGUGUACCUGAACGCCUCCAAGGUGCCCGCGUUCUCCGACGACCUCACGGAGCUGCAGUGCCGGGUGGCGGACCAGAGGAGCCUGGCGGGGGGCGUGCGGGUCACGGUGACCUGGUACUACGGGCUGAGCCGGCGCAACGACGACUCGGCGGCCAGCGAGCUCCUCGCGGCCAUGGACGCGGACUGGACGCUCAGGUACGGGGAGAGGAGCCAGCAGCGGGCCCGGGACGGAGACUUCAUCUUCUCCAAGGAGCGCGCAGACACGUUCAGCUUCCGGAUCCAGAGGACCACGGAGGAGGACAGGGGCAGCUACUACUGCGUGGUGUCCGCCUGGACCCGACAGCGCGACGGCAGCUGGGCCAAGAGCAGGGAUGUCUUCUCCAAGCCUGUCCACGUAUUCUGGCCCUCAGAAGACUCCGUGCUCGUGGUGAAGGCGAGGCAGCCCAGGCCUUUCUUCACGGCCGGGAACACGUUUGAGAUGACCUGCAAAGUGUCUUCCCAGAACAUCAAGUCGCCGCGCUACUCCGUCCUCAUCACGGCCGAGAAGCCCGCGGGCCACCUCUCCGGCCCCAACGAAACCAAGGACAUCAUCUCGCUGGACCAGGACGCCGUGGUGCGGCUGGAGAACUGGACGGACGCCUCCCGGGUGGACGGCGUGGUGCUGGAGAAAGUGCAGGAAGACGAGUUCCGCUACCGCAUGUACCAGACGCAGGUGUCGGACGCAGGGCUGUACCGCUGCCUGGUGACGGCCUGGUCUCCCGUCAGGGGCAGCCUGUGGCGAGAAGCAGCGACCAGUCUCUCCAAUCCCAUUGAGAUAGACUUCCAAACCUCAGGUCCUGUAUUCAAUGCCUCCGUGUACUCAGACACGCCCUCCGUCACCCGGGGAGACCUGGUCAAAUUGUUCUGCAUCGUCACUGUCGAAGGAGCAGCCCUGGACCCAGAUGACAUGGCCUUCGACGUGUCCUGGUUCGUGGUGCACUCCUUCGGCCUGGACAAGGAUCCCGUCCUCCUGUCCUCGCUGGACCGCAAGGGGAUCGUGAGCACGGCCCACAGGGACUGGAAGAGCAGCCUGAGCCUGGAGCGCAUGGGCGUGCUGGAGUUCCUGCUGCAGGUGCACGGCGCCGAGGACCAGGACUUCGGCAACUACUACUGCUCCGUGGCCCCCUGGGUGAAGUCGCCCACGGGCUCCUGGCAGAAGGAGGCGGAGAUCUCCUCCAAGCCCGUCUUUAUAACUGUGAAGAUGGACGUGCUGAACGCCUUCAAGUACCCGCUGCUGAUCGGCGUCGGCCUGUCCACCGUCGUGGGGCUCCUGUCCUGCCUCAUCGGCUACUGCAGCUCCCACUGGUGCUGCAAGAAGGAGGUCCAGGAGACCCGGCGUGAGCGCCGACGGCUCAUGUCCAUGGAGAUGGACUAG